AUGGUUGUUUUAAAACCCUUUCAAAUUAUUUUACUAUGUUUAAUUGGCAUCACUAUCACAAAAGGAUAUUUAUUGCCUGAAACGUUUAACAAAAUAAAACGCAUAGUGGGAGGACAGGACGCGCCAGAUGGAGGGAUCCCCUACCAGGCGUCUCUUAGAUCAAUUUUUGGUUCACAUUUUUGUGGCGGAUCAAUAAUAAGCGAUGAAUGGGUGCUUACUGCUGCACACUGUACUAUUGGUCAAGUUCCAUUGUUAAUGAAAGUGGUAGUGGGGACCAACCGUCUAUCCUCCGGUGGGAUAACCUUAUCAGUGAACAAAAUCAUAGUGCAUGAGGAUUAUAACGGUCAGGAAAUUACUAAUGACGUCAGUGUAAUCAGAGUAGCUGAGAAAAUAAAAUUCAACGAUAGAGUUCAACCUAUUCGACUACCUGAAGCCGAUACUGCUGGAGGAGCUAGCCUAACCCUGACGGGAUGGGGCAGACUAUCAUAUCCAGGAAGUUUGCCGGAUAAGUUACAAAUCAUCAAGCUAUCUGCCCUCAGCGUGAAUCAAUGUCAAGAAAUUUAUAACACAUCACUAAUAUCGGCAUCCGUACAUGAAAGUCAAAUAUGUUCUUUGACCAAAUGGGGAGAAGGCGCAUGUCACGGAGAUUCCGGCGGACCUCUCGUGGAAGGCGACAGGGUGGUGGGAAUAGUAUCAUGGGGCUACCCAUGCGCUAGGGGCUAUCCAGAUGUUUACUCCCGAGUUUUUACUUUCAAAAAGUGGAUUCUAGAAAAAACUAAUAUUGCAGAUGAA